CUGUGGGAAUAGAAAAACGCUCCCUAGAAUGACAUAGAAGCGGGUGAGGUGGGGAGAAGGAGACCGUGGGACUAACCGAGGACUCGACACCUAUUUGCAUUCACCCUGGUGUAAAACGACGUUAUCUCGGGAAGGCACAGAGAACCAGAGAAAAUGCUCAUUAAAGAAUUUCGAGUGAUCCUACCGAUUUCUGUGGAGGAGUAUCAGGUAGGGCAGCUGUACUCAGUAGCAGAAGCCAGUAAGAAAGAGACGGGAGGAGGAGAAGGUGUGGAGGUGUUGAAGAACGAACCCUAUGAGAAGGAUGGAGAGAAGGGACAGUACACACACAAAAUCUAUCACCUGCAGAGUAAAGUCCCCUCAUUUGUGCGGAUGCUUGCACCGGCGUCAGCACUCAACAUUCACGAGAAAGCUUGGAACGCCUACCCAUACUGUCGCACAGUAAUCACAAACGAGUAUAUGAAAGAAAACUUCCUCAUCAAGAUUGAGACAUGGCAUAAGCCUGAUAUGGGACAGCAGGACAAUGUUCAUGGUCUAGACCCAGACACCUGGAAAAAGGUGGACGUUGUGUACAUAGACAUUGCAGACCGGAGUCAGGUAGAGCUAAAGGACUAUAAACCAGAAGAAGACCCUACUAAGAUCAAGUCUGUAAAGACUGGGAGGGGGCCGCUCGGACCUGAUUGGAAGAAAGAGCUUCCUAAAAAGACAGACUGUCCACACAUGUGUGCCUAUAAACUGGUAACUGUUAAGUUCAAGUGGUGGGGGCUGCAAAACAAAGUGGAAAACUUCAUUCAAAAGCAAGAGAAGCGCUUGUUUACUAAUUUCCACCGGCAGCUGUUCUGCUGGAUUGAUAAAUGGAUCGAGCUAAACAUGGAGGACAUCCGUAGAAUGGAGGAGGAGACCAGGAAGGAGCUGGAUGAGAUGAGAGUGAAAGAUCCAGUGAAAGGGAUGGUGGCACUUGAAGACUGAUGAUCUCUGUGGUGCUGGAUGCUGCCAUUCAUAAUGCUAUCUCUCUCAGAUCAGACCUAAACUACUGGAGACCAGCAGCAUUAUGCCCCCCUCAAUCGAAGCAAACACAUAUUUUUACCGUAAAGUGAUUCAUCCAGCCCUCUGUGUGACCUGUUCGUCCUGAGCAUUCCUCUUUUCCAAUGAAGCACAUUGACUAAUUCCACAGGCUGUUAAACCUGGUUAAAGUUACGCCCAAUAUGUGAAGUCUCCCUAUGUAAGGCAAUACAGGGGGGAUUCGCCAGAAACUUUGUCAGAUCAUUAUUCUCAUGUCUGGCAAACAAAUAGGUUUUACGAUGUUGAGUUCUAUGUAAAGCAGAAAAUAUUUGUGUGUACAUAUAUUCAGAAUAUCUAUUGGCAGUUGAGUUAUUGUGACAGGUGUACAAACAGGGUUUUCAAGUGAUUGUUCUUCAGUGUCCGUUUUUGCUGACCAAGUCGUAUAUGUGUUUCGUUUUAAUCUUGAAGUGAUUUGUUUUUGUUGCUGUACGGUUUCAUUUCAUUCUACCCUUUUUUAUUUGUCGGGUCUUUUUAAGCUAUCAGCCUUUUAAGUGUGUAUCUUUAUGUGAAUUCGGUGUUCCCUGACCCCUGUUACAUGCAUUUUGAACUCAUUUUGACUGAAAAGUGCUCGGUCAUGUUAAAGCGGAGGUCAGAGGUUCAUUCUCAACUCCAUCAAACAGUAUCAGACACAUGUCUUUGAAAUAAGCUGAAGUUUAAAGUACUCAUUGUUUAUUGAUCAAGUAUGUGUGCAUUAGUAUUAAUGAUUCAGGUCCUCUUUUGUGCUCCAUCAUUUCUGUUAUGUGUGAUAAUGUGCUAGUUUGUUUAAAGUAAGUUUAGAUUUUUUGUAUUAGAAGACAGGUUUAGCCUUUUUUUUAGGUUUUUGAUUGGUUUACAUCACGACCAUGCUCCGCCCCUUUACGCAUUGGCUCGUUCACACGUUUUGGAACUUUAAAAGGCAACACCAAACCUCGUCAUUUUUCAGAAAACGUCUGUUUUUUUCUGGCUGCCAGCACAGCACUGGUGCUCAAUGAAGGCCUUUUACACUAUUUGCAUAUUUUGAACCUUAAAUAUCUUCCCGUUUUAAAACCCGCCAUGAGGAUAAACAAAAUAUCUAUCCAGAUAUUAGCAAUAAUACCGACCUUUCAUUUCACCAACCCCUCAAAAUACCAAACGUCGAGUGAGAAUGUGACUUUAGGGUUAUAGUCCACCCCUUCUCAGAAUGUUGUGUCAAUAGGACACAGAUAGCCUACUGUAGCCUUUACUCUCCCUUCCAAUUCUUUUAGUUUUAUUUACAUUAAUUUGGGAAGAGGGACGACGAUAUGGGUCAUGUGGGUUUUUAAUCAGUCUUUUCUCAGUCACGUGGAUGUGCGUGCGUGUUUCUCAGUAGUGUUUCUUCUUUAUUGCGUGAGGGAUAUCCGACACGAAUUCACAGAGAGUUUAAUUCCCUCUUGGUAAUGCAUGAGGUUAAAUUGAAUUAUUUGGAAGUGAAUGCAGGUUCUGUGCUGUCGAGCUGUGUUACAUUCUUCCUAUCAAUAACAUCUUUCAGCAAUACACCAGAACUUUGUUGGUCCUGAGUUUAAUCGGUGAUGUAUGGAUGUACUGUAUGUAUUUGAAUUGUAUAUAGUAUAAAAAUAAAUGUAGAUGAACACAUAAAUAUAUAUAAUAAAUAUAAAACUUUAUUCAAAUA